GCUAUUGGUGAGAUAUUUGGACGGGGUGGUAGAGGUAUGGGCGAAAUACUGGGACGAGGGGGUGAAACUCUUGGUGAAACAAUGGGACGAGGUGGUAAAGCUAUUGGUGAGAUAUUUGGACGGGGUGGUAGAGCUAUGGGCGAAAUACUGGGACGAGGGGGUGAAACUCUUGGUGAAACAAUGGGACGAGGUGGUAAAGCUAUUGGUGAGAUAUUUGGACGGGGGUGGUAGAGCUAUGGGCGAAAUACUGGGACGAGGGGGUGAAACUCUUGGUGAAACAAUGGGACGAGGUGGUAAAGCUAUUGGUGAGAUAUUUGGACGGGGUGGUAGAGCUAUGGGCGAAAUACUGGGACGAGGGGGUGAAACUCUUGGUGAAACAAUGGGACGAGGUGGUAAAGCUAUUGGUGAGAUAUUUGGACGGGGUGGUAGAGCUAUGGGCGAAAUACUGGGACGAGGGGGUGAAACUCUUGGUGAAACAAUGGGACGAGGUGGUAAAGCUAUUGGUGAGAUAUUUGGACGGGGUGGUAGAGCUAUGGGCGAAAUACUGGGACGAGGGGGUGAAACUCUUGGUGAAACAAUGGGACGAGGUGGUAAAGCUAUUGGUGAGAUAUUUGGACGAGGUGGUAGAGCUAUGGGCGAAAUACUGGGACGAGGGGGUGAAACUCUUGGUGAAACAAUGGGACGAGGUGGUAAAGCUAUUGGUGAGAUAUUUGGACGGGGUGGUAAUGCUAUUGGUGAAAUAGUUGGACGAGGUGUUGGUGUUGGUGCAAUGCUAGGACGUGGAGGUAAAGUUGUCGGUGAAAUAAUUGGUGGAGGAGGAGGACGUGGUGACGGGGGAGGAGGAGGAGGAGGGCGUGGUGACGGAGGAGGAGGAGGGGGAGGUCGUGGUGUCGGAGGAGGAGGAGGGCGUGGUGACGGAGGAGGGGGAGGGGGAGGUCGUGGUGUCGGAGGAGGAGGAGGGCGUGGUGACGGAGGGAGGAGGAGGGGAGGUCGUGGUGUCGGAGGAGGAGGAGGGCGUGGUGACGGAGGAGGGGAGGGGGAGGUCGUGGUGUCGGAGGAGGAGGAGGGCGUGGUGACGGAGGAGGAGGAGGGGAGGUCGUGGUGUCGGAGGAGGAGGAGGACGUGGUGA